AUGAGAACUACAGGACUACUUGUCUGCAGACACUUUGUUGUCAUGUGCCUCCUUCAGAUGGCCACACCAAGCUCAGAACAGUUCAUAGUGAAUGGCUUAAAGGGGCCAGUCUUGGCUCCAUUAAGUGGAGAUGCAGAUCUCAGUUGUCAGUUGUCUCCUCCACAAAAUGCACAGCACAUGGAGAUUUGCUGGUUUCAGAACCACUACACACACCCUGUUCACCUGUACAAAGAUGAAGACCUGUUUGGAGAAACUAUCCCCAAGUAUGUGGAGUGAACAGAACUGGUGAAAGAUGCCAUUGGAGGAGGUAAAGUGACCCUCAGGAUCUUCAAUGUCAGUGUUGAUGAUGAUGGACAGUACCACUGCAUCUUCAAAGAUGGUGAUUUCUAUGAAGAGGACAUCACAGAAGUGAAGGUCACCACCAUAAGCCCAGCCAUACAGAUUACUGUGCAUCUUCCUAAUACUAAAGAAAUGAUAGCGGAGUGUCAUUCAGGAGGUUGGUUCCCACAGCCUCAAAUGGAAUGGAAAGACAGCAAGGGAGAGAUCAUUCCACCUACAUCAAAAUCCCACUCACAGUGUGGAGACAAAUUGUUCAACCUGAAGAUAACUCCUCUCCUUAGAGAUGGCUCCCACAGAAAUGUCACUUGCUGCCUUCAAAACCCAGUAACUGACCAGGAAGAAAGGACAAACACUGUCCUAGCAGAAAAGCUACUUUCAUGGAAGAGUACAUGGCUGGUUCUCCUCACAAUUCUGUUGGUGCUGCUAGUCUCUAUUAUAGUUCCAAGUAUUGAACUAAAUCUCAGAAAACAAG